AGAGAAGAAUAUACGCAGCUGUCUGCGACUUUAGUCUUCGCGUUUCAUUUGGAUUUCUUCUUUCUAUUUUAUUCUGUUCUCUUACGCAUUGUCUCUCCGACAAGCUGUGCUGCUAGGCGUCCUCACCAGACAGGAGCUGUUUGUGGGUUCUCUUCGGUUUCGGCCUCCUUCCUCACACAGCACGCAUUUCGGCUACUCGGAACCAUCUCCUCUUUUUCGUGGUUUGGGGGUUUGUAGCGCUGCUCUGUUACUUCUGUGUCGAUCUACUGAUUUCUUUUUUCAUUGGAUAUCGAGCAGAGAGAGAAAAAGAUAGCAAGCACCUCAACAGAAAAUGAGUUCGUGCACCGUGUACGUGACCGGCCUGCCGAGCUCGGCGACGCAGGACGACGUGAUUGACUUCUUCACCCGCAUUGGCAACGUCGCGGAGGUGCACAUGCGUGCCGCAGACUCCGACGCGCCGGUUGCCGUCGUAUUCGACAAGCCCGAAGACGCCGCGAGCGCCGUGUCCAUCACCGGCAGCGACUUCCAGGAGGACAUCCCGAUCCACAUCGCAGCGCACGCGACGCCGGCGCCGACCGGGGAAGCUUCAGCUCCCGUCGCGGCUCAGGAGGCGCAGCACGACGCGGCAGUCGCCACCACGACCACCGCCACCGCUGCCGCCGCUGCGGACGAAGCCGGUGGUGCCACCGGAAACACGAGCCGGCGCCCCCUCCGCGAAAGCCGCAACGACCUCACCAACAAAGUCGUCGUCUCCCAUCUCGCCCCCUUCACCAAGAAGGAGGAGGUCCGCAGCGUUUUUGCUGCCUGCGGUGAGAUCAACGACUUCGCGCUGCUCCCCGGGCGGCACAUGGCGUUUGUCGGCUUCACGACGGCCGAGGCGUUUGAGAAGGCGCUGCGGCUGGACGAGACGGAGAUCGCGGGGUCGCGGGUGGUGGUGGAGCGGCGCCACGGCAAUAACAUCGCCGCGGACCGCAGCCGCGCCGGCGCCGAGCACGCCCCCACCGCCAGUGGCCCAACGACGAUUCCGAAUCGCAUCGUCGUGCGCAACGUGCCGCAGGACGUGACGAAGGCGGGUCUGCGGGCCUUCUUCGAGCCGGACUGCGGAGUCGCGACGGACAUUUAUGUGAAACCGGAGGUCGGCAUCGCGUUUAUGGCCUUUGCCACGGCCGGAGGCACCGACAAGGCCAUUGGCAAGUCCGGGCAGGAGUACGAAGGCAACGUGAUCCAGGUGGAGCGGCGCCAGGUGCUCGUGUGCCGCCGCUGCGGGCGGGAGGGCCACAAGGGGGCCGAGUGCCGCCAGCCCUACUGCACGGAGUGCCGCACAGUGGGACACUCCUCGCGCGAGUGCCCGCGUCGGCGUGGCGGUGACCGCGGCGGUGGUGAUCGCCGUCGCCACCGUUCGCUGUCGUCCGAACGCGACCGCCGCCGCCGUCGCCGCUCCGACUCCUCCGAGCGCGACCGCCGGCGUCGGCGUCACUCCCGCAGCCGCAGCCGCAGCCGCAGCCCGCCGCGCCGUCGCCGCAGCCGCAGCCCGCCGCGUGGUCGCCGGUAA